AGAGCGGGGUCCCCCACGUGCGCUGCUCCCACGUGUCCCCUGCCCACGGUGGGUGACCACCUCUGCCUGCAGCCCAGCCCCGGGACUCGCUGCCCUGGGGGGUGGGACAGCAACCCCAGCCGGCCCUCCUCCGGGACUGCCGCCUUGCAAUGUGCUGGCUCGCAACCUGCCACUAAAUAUAGAUGUUUGACACCUCCAGGUGCAGAGCUGGGAGCUGGGGACCACCUCCUCGGCUCUGCUGGAUGGGAGACUGCAGCACAGGCUGCUCCAGGCUGCACUCCUUGGUUUCACGUUGCCACCCUACUCUCUUUUUCCUGGGUGAGGAGCAGCAGUGGGGUUUCAGCAAGAAGCAGCGCCCCGAUCCCUUUUUGGGGUGCUGGGUUUGCAUGUGGCCACCGCUGCCUUGUAACGAGGUGGGACCCAUUCCAGCAAAGCAGACCCAGCUCUGCCUGCCUGUUACACCUCAUCCCUCCCUCCCAAGGGCCCCUGUAUGCAGGGACUGAGUUGUGCUCUGCCUCCAGGACAUCCCUCACCUUUCUCCCCUUUGAUGCUGCCUCAGCAAACUGCACCGCAGGGGUAGGGGGUGGUUGUGCGGGUGCUGUCACUGUCUCCGUGGUCUCCAUGCGGUCUCCUCCUUGCACUCUGGAUCCAGGGUUGGAGCUCCUAUGCCCGUGUGGGCUGCCUUGUGGGACCUUUAGCUCCUUCCAGAUCCCGUAGUCCCUCUGUACUCUGCCUCCAGGAGAGUGUUUCUGAGCUCCCUGGGCCCAGCUGUGAUCUCAGGAGUGGGAUGAAGGUGCAACAUGGUGUGGCCCUAGGGAUGUGGGGGCUGCAGGGGCUCUACAGCCAGGUCUGUGCUGCAGGGUGUUUCCCUGGGCACUGCUGUUUCCAUGGGAGCCCUGAGCACUGCUUGCUUUCUGAGAGGGAAUCUCAGCAGAAACCUGUGCUGAACAUGGGGCUGGAGAGGAUGCUUGGUCCCAGUGAGUGGAGCAAAGCUGCGCUGACACAGCCCACCCCGUAGCCCGCAGCAUGGAGCAGCGAUGCACCAGGAGCCUCAGCUUCCAUUCAGGGGAAAUUUUUUCUGCCCUCCCACUCGCUCUGCUGAAAUCCACCAACCAUAGCAUUUACCGAUUUUUUCAGCCCAGCACCGCUCCACCGGCCAUAUUGGGCUGUGGAAAUAAAGCAGCUCUAAUGUUAUAUGUCACCUGCAAAUAACCCGGGCGUUCGAAAAAAGCAAACCACCACAACCCACACCAACACCAAGCCCUCUCCUCACACCCAACUCCUUCACAAUGAGCCCGGAUGCCUGGCUCCCGCAGCCUGCCCUGUGCCUCUCUGGCCUCAGCCUGCUGCUCUCGCUGGUGCCCACAGGGCUGGGGAUGGAGGUGAUGGCCCCCCCCAUCAUCAACGCCCUGAACGGCACCUCUGUAAAGCUCUCCUGCACCUUCAACUCCUGCUACAAGGUGGAGAACAAGCAAUUCUCCCUCAACUGGACGUACCAGGCAUGCACGAACUGCUCUGAGGAGCUGUUCCUGCAGUUCCGGAUGAAGAUCAUGAACAAGCAGCUGGACCGCUUCGGGAACCGGGUGGAGUUCACCGGGAACCCCACCAAGAACGACGUGUCCUUCACCCUCAACAACGUGCAGCUGGAGGACGAGGGCACCUACAACUGCUACGUCCUCAACCCCCCGGACCGGCAGCGGGGCCACGCCAGCAUCAGCCUGAAGGUGCUCACCGAAGAACCCCCAAAGCGCGAUUCGACGGUGGCCGUCAUCGUGGGCGCCUCCGUGGGAGGCUUCCUGGCCGUGGUCAUCCUGGUGCUGAUGGUGGUGAAAUGCGUGCGCCGGAAAAAGCAGCAGAGGCUGAACACAGAUGACCAGAAGACAGAGGAGGAAGGGAAGACGGACGGCGAAGGCAACCCGGAGGAGGGCACUAAAUAAUGUGCCCUGCUCCCCCCUCACUGUACAGCGCGUCCCGUCGGUGUGCUUCCCACAGCCAGGAUUGCUGUCUGCCCACAGUAUCCCUCCUGCCACCCGCACCGCCAACCCGCCUGGAGCAGGGCGCAGGGAGGAGCGGCCCCGCAGCCGCCGGGGGAGCCGGGGGGGCUGGCUCCUGCCCCACAGCCGGGCUGGGACCGGCUCAUCCCUGCUCUGCGAGGCACAGGUGCUGGGGAGGGGGUGGGGGAGGGAGGGAGAGCACCCAUGUCCCCAUCCCAUCCCCUAGUCUGCCCAUCCUUGUGCUGGGGGUGCCAUGGUGAGAGACUCGUGGCUCCCAGUGUGUCAUGGACGUGCCCUUCUUGGGCUAUAUUUGGGCCCGAGCACUUCGUCCGAAGGUGCCGGGCUGAUUUUUCGGUGUGUGUUUACUUCCCGGGGAGAUGACUCUAAUGGAAAGUGUUCUGCUGAUGUGCCAAACCGCAGCGGCGGGGAGGAGGAGCAGCGUGUGCCGGGAUGGACCGGGCACAGCCAUCACCCCGAGCCCAGCACCCAGAACCGCCCCUCUCAGCUCCUGAGGGGCCCUGCACAACUCGUACUGCCACGGCCACGCACUGCCACGUGGGGCCCUGCGGUGCCACCCCCAAAACCCACAGUCCAGCUCCUGCCCUGCUUGCAGCUCCCUCCUGGAUUGUUUGGGCAAACCCUUGCCCUUAUGCGUCCAGGACCUUGCAGGAGAGCCGUGCCAGCAGGGGCAGCAAGCAUUGCGUCCCCUGCUGCACUGUGCCCUGCUGCCCCUUGUCCCGCUGCAGCCGGGACUUGCCCUGCUCUGCCCCACGCACCCCCCGGGCUCAGCCCGCUGCCUGCACCCACACGCACAGCUGCAUCGCUUUGCUGCUCCAUUGCGAGCGGUUUUGGGGGCCAACUCCAGCUGUGAGCUCACAGCCAGCCCCGCACCUGCCUUCAUUUCACUCACGCACUGUCCUUGGAUUGCAACUUGCCAAUGCAUCUGUCUGUACAUAGCUGUACACAACGGAGAGUCUACAAAUAUAUAUACAUCUAUAUAUAUGGGAGGUGCUGCUAUCGGCCAUAGCUGCACUUUGGGUUUGCGCCUUCCAAUGUUGGUUUUUUUUUUUUUUUUUUUUUUUUUUUUUUUUUGCCAGACGCUCUGCUGGUGGUGUUUUUGCCAAAGCCUGACUGUAGGAUGUUUUUAUUGCUCUUUGUACAGUUAAACAAACAGAGGAACAACAAAAUGCAAAGUGUGCGCU